CUCAGAGAGCCCUCUGCAGAGAUGUCAUGCAGGAGAACUAUGAGAACGUGACCUCGCUGGGGGCCAAUGGCCUGCGAGGAGGGGGCUGUGUAUUUCACCGAAGAAGAGUGGGCUCUGCUGGACCCCGCUCAGAGAGCCCUCCACAGAGACGUGCAGGAGAACUAUGAGAACGUGACCUCGCUGGCAGGUGCUGGGCUGGUGAGUGAGACCAUGGAGCAGAAUUCUCAGCAGGAAGAUGAUGAGGAAGUGGAACCUCAUGGCACACUAUUGCAAAGAUGCAAAGGGAGUGUGUCCAGGAGUUGUGAUCAGGGAAAAGCCUGUGAGAGUCAGCACAUUCCAGAGAGGUGGCAGGGAAACCAGGCAAUGCAGAAGCAUGGAGCGCCGAUCAGCACAGAUGACCAUGCAGUCCCGGAAUCAAACAAGAGCUCCAGCAUGGACC